UUGAAAACAAAAUGAUACAUAAUACCUGAAGUAGGUGGAAUAAUCCUUAAGGAAAACGGCAGAUUGUCUGAUAGAUAUAAGAUGUACCUUGUUGUCUUAUCUGGACGAUAUAGUAUUUCUAUUUACAUUGUUAAAGCAAACAUGGAAGAAAAAACGUCGCCUGGCAUUAAACGAAGCGUGUCUUUGAGCAGACGCAUGUCAAUGAUUGGAGGACCAAACAUGAGUGGAAAAUGGAAUCGAAUAAUAUUCAUUGUAAUUGUGAUAGGUUUAGGAUUUAUUUCAGGCAAUUUUGUGUAUAACCUCGUCCUUGGAAAAUUAAGAGGGUCCAAUACAAAACAGUUCAAAAGACAUAAUAUUCACGAUCCUCCGGAUUCAAGAUCAGGAAUUAGUAUUAAAAAAGAUCUGAGUAUUCAGUUCCGUGAUUAUCUGCCGAGGAAUGUUUUCAUAACAACAGGAAAUUGGUACCGACAGAGGGAGAGUAUCAAACUUUUUUUACAAACAUACCCGGAUGCUGCCACAUAUCAUUUGUAUAGCUUUCUGGAGGAUGACUCUCACAACCCUUUCUUCGUGGCUUUUGACAAAAAUUUAAUGAAUAUUGUGCAAUCUAGAAUUCUGUCGGAUACAAAUGAAACUAUUUCAAAACAUAUUAGUAAAUUUGGAAGUGAAAGCAUUCGGAAAAAUUUGUCCUCAAUUGAUUUUGGUGCAUGGCUUAUAGACACUUUCCAUCAGGAUGAUUAUAUUAUUGUCAGGAUGGAAAAUGAAAACGAGACUACUAUAGCGAGACGGUUACACAACAUAGGCGCACUUGAUUGGAUAGAUAAAUACUAUACCACCUCGCGUGAAAAUGGUACUCUUUCUGUUUAUCACGAGGUAUUUAGAAAAAUGAAUAUUCCACUUUUUAUUUGGAACGACGAUGAAAACACUUACAGUGAUUUUGAUGAAUUAAACGGCCACAAAGGACCACCAAGAGCAACAAACAUUAUCCUUGACUGUGGCUAUUACGAAAACUUUUUAUUUGUCAUGUAUGUGCCUCUGAUUUCAAAGCAAGCAAUUUAUGCUCUUGAAGUUUUACAAGCGUUUAGUGGACCCAGGUUUUUGCAGACGGCUUUAUUUCUUUCCAGAAAUUUCAUCGUUAAUCAACCGAGUUUAACUGAAUCGCUUGUUCAUUCAAUAAACAUAGGGUUAUAUAUGGUAAAUAAGACAACCGUUGGAAACGCAUAUGGGUACCAUCAAAUGAGGAACGAGUUUGUAGAAGUUUCAAAAGUUUUGCAAAAAUUUGAAACAAAUCCAGUUAAAAUUCAAUAUGUAAAUACAGUUGGUUUUGAAAAAGAGUCUGAAUCGAACUUAUGUAAUGAAAGGGUUGUUGAUAUUUUCAAAGAGUUUUUAAACAUUGAUUAUUUACUUCCGCAAUUUAUUAAAGAUAGCAGUAUCAAAGUUGAAAAUAUAACUAGAAAACACGGACAAAUCUUUGCACUCGAUCUGACAACUGAAAACUCUGAGAUGUUAAUGAUUUAUAUUCUGAAAAAGUAUGGUGGAGGAAUGAUUGGGAUCAAUACGUGCUAACUUUUGGUAAAAAUAAUGACGGUCAUUUUUUUUUCUAAAUCUAAAAAAACCCCAAAUGGAAUGCAAAAAAACUAUGUUUUAGAUAGCUGGUCAUUCGAGAACAAAAGAUGCGCUUUUUUUUGUUAUUUUAUUCGGGUAUAAAAGAGUUGACCAAAGCAAUGUGAUUUUGAAUGACGUUGACGCCGAAGCAUAUACGAUCAGCACUUUAACAACUCUAUAUGAAAGAAGCAUAAUGUAAUGUUACGGCGAGACAUGCAGUGAAACGAAAAAAUGUCACAUUUUAUGUUAAGCGAUUGUUGUCUGUUUAUCAAAGUUACGGAAUCGUAUGAACAUAUAUGUAAUGCGAUUAGUCACGUAACCAUCCUUACUUUAAAUUAAAACCAUGCAUAAAUUAAUUCCUCAUUUCCAUUUCCAA